AGGAGAGGGCCCGCCAAGUCGGGCCGCCUGCAAAGUGUUGCUCUGACACAUCUUAUUAUGGAAGUUAAGUGAAAAAAAAAAAAAAUAGAAGACGAAAAGCCAACUCUCUGGACGCGGAGCUGCUGCCGACGAGGACACCCGGGAGAGCCAGCCAAGCACUAGACGGACCAAUGGGUUUUUUGGGCAGCGCGCUGGCAAGUUUGUGGAACACUUUCUAGGAAUUAGGUCUCUUUUUUUUUCCUCCCCCUCUGCCUCUUGACUCCCGAAGAAAGGACUUGGCUUUGGAUUGCAAUGGAGCCUAAGGAGAAAGGGGUGGACACACUUGAAUAAUCCCUCCGGCUGGGGCGGAAUUGGUGGGAAUUUCGGAAGCCCGAGCGUGGAUGGAGAUACAGCCGCCUUUGGAGAACCCUCUGUUGAUGUGGAUGGAUCUAAACGUGCUGGGUUCAAGCUUCUCCGCUCACCCCAUCUGAUCUCCAGGACUUGAGCAUCUAAGGGAAAGUCUCAACUUUGGACCUACCUCUUUUUUUUGUUGUUGUUGUUGCUGUUUGAUACUUAUUUUUGUACUUUUGCUCUCUGGGAUUGCUUUCUUAACAAAACAAUCUGGAUUCUUUUUAGUAUGUCAAAAUGAGUCGGCUGAUGUUUACACAACUACUGCUCUGUGGAUUUUUCUAUGUUUGGGUUGAUGGGUCUCGUCUUCGCCAGGAAGACUUUCCCCCACGGAUUGUGGAGCACCCUUCAGAUGUCAUUGUCUCUAAGGGCGAGCCUACCACGUUGAACUGUAAAGCAGAGGGCCGACCAACGCCCACUAUUGAGUGGUACAAGGAUGGUGAGCGAGUGGAGACUGACAAGGAUGACCCCCGAUCCCACAGGAUGCUUCUGCCCAGCGGAUCCUUAUUCUUCUUGCGCAUCGUACAUGGGCGCAGAAGUAAACCCGACGAAGGAAGCUACGUUUGUGUUGCAAGGAACUAUCUUGGCGAAGCAGUGAGUCGAAAUGCAUCUCUGGAAGUGGCACUGUUACGAGAUGACUUCCGGCAAAAUCCCACAGAUGUUGUAGUGGCAGCAGGGGAACCCGCAAUUCUGGAAUGCCAGCCCCCUCGGGGACACCCGGAGCCCACAAUUUACUGGAAGAAAGACAAAGUUCGAAUUGAUGACAAGGAAGAGCGAAUAAGCAUUCGUGGUGGAAAACUGAUGAUCUCUAAUACCAGGAAAAGCGAUGCAGGAAUGUAUACUUGUGUGGGCACCAACAUGGUGGGAGAAAGAGACAGUGAUCCAGCAGAACUGACUGUCUUUGAACGACCCACAUUUCUCAGGAGGCCAAUUAACCAGGUGGUGUUGGAGGACGAAGCUGUAGAAUUUCGUUGUCAGGUCCAGGGUGAUCCUCAACCAACUGUGCGGUGGAAAAAGGAUGAUGCAGAUUUGCCACGAGGAAGGUAUGACAUCAAAGAUGAUUACACAUUGAGAAUUAAAAAGGCCUUGAGCACGGAUGAAGGCACCUAUAUGUGCGUAGCUGAGAACCGGGUCGGGAAAGUGGAAGCUUCUGCUACCCUCACAGUCAGAGCUCGCCCUGUUGCUCCUCCACAAUUUGUGGUUAGGCCAAGAGAUCAGAUUGUUGCUCAAGGUCGAACAGUGACAUUUCCUUGUGAAACCAAAGGAAACCCACAGCCUGCUGUGUUUUGGCAGAAAGAAGGUAGCCAGAACCUGCUUUUCCCAAACCAGCCCCAGCAACCCAACAGUAGAUGCUCUGUGUCACCAAAAGGAGAUCUCACAAUCACCAACAUUCAGCGUUCUGAUGCUGGUUAUUAUAUCUGCCAGGCGCUAACGGUGGCAGGAAGCAUUUUAGCCAAAGCUCAACUGGAAGUUACUGAUGUUUUAACAGAUAGACCCCCACCCAUAAUUCUACAAGGACCAGCAAAUCAAACAUUAGCAGUAGAUGGUACAGCAUUGCUAAAAUGUAAAGCAACUGGCGAUCCUCUUCCUGUAAUCAGCUGGUUAAAGGAAGGAUUUACUUUUCUGGGUAGAGAUCCAAGAGCAACUAUACAAGAACAAGGAACGCUGCAGAUUAAAAAUUUACGGAUUUCUGAUACUGGAACUUACACUUGUGUGGCCACAAGCUCAAGUGGGGAGACAUCCUGGAGUGCUGUGCUGGAUGUGACAGAAUCUGGAGCAACAAUCAGUAAAAAUUAUGAUUUAAAUGACCUGCCAGGGCCACCAUCUAAACCACAGGUCACUGAUGUUAGUAAGAACACUGUCACUCUAUCCUGGCAACCAGGUACCCCUGGAGUUCUUCCAGCAAGUGCAUAUAUCAUUGAAGCUUUCAGCCAGUCGGUGAGCAAUAGCUGGCAGACAGUGGCCAACCACGUGAAGAGCACCCUCUAUACAGUGAGAGGACUGCGACCCAAUACAAUCUACUUAUUCAUGGUGAGAGCAAUCAACCCUCAAGGCCUCAGUGAUCCAAGCCCUAUGUCAGAUCCUGUUCGCACACAAGAUAUCAGCCCACCAGCACAAGGAGUGGACCACAGACAAGUACAGAAGGAAUUAGGGGAUGUCAUUGUCCGUCUGCAUACCCCAGUUGUGUUGACUCCCACCACUGUUCAAGUCACAUGGACGGUUGAUCGUCAGCCCCAGUUUAUUCAAGGCUAUCGCGUGAUGUAUCGUCAGACUUCAGGCCUACAGGCUUCAUCCACGUGGCAGAACUUAGAUGCGAAGGUUCCAACUGAGAGAAAUGCAGUCUUAGUCAAUCUGAAAAAGGGGGUGACAUAUGAAAUCAAAGUUCGGCCAUAUUUUAAUGAAUUCCAAGGAAUGGACAGUGAAUCGAAAACAGUCCGCACUACUGAAGAAGCCCCAAGUGCACCUCCGCAGUCUGUCACUGUGCUGACAGUUGGAAGCCACAAUAGUACAAGUAUUAGUGUUUCCUGGGAUCCUCCUCCUCCAGAUCAUCAGAAUGGAAUUAUCCAAGAAUACAAGAUAUGGUGUCUGGGAAAUGAAACUCGUUUCCAUAUUAACAAAACUGUGGAUGCAGCCAUCCGUUCUGUAAUUAUUGGUGGACUAUUCCCAGGUAUUCAAUACCGGGUAGAGGUUGCAGCCAGUACGAACGCAGGGGUUGGAGUCAAAAGUGAGCCACAACCAAUAAUAAUUGGAGGACGUAAUGAAGUUGUCAUCACUGAAAAUAAUAACAGCAUAACUGAACAAAUCACUGAUGUUGUGAAGCAGCCAGCCUUUAUUGCUGGUAUUGGUGGUGCCUGUUGGGUAAUUUUGAUGGGAUUUAGCAUCUGGUUGUAUUGGCGAAGAAAGAAGAGAAAGGGACUCAGUAAUUAUGCUGUAACAUUUCAAAGGGGAGAUGGAGGACUAAUGAGCAAUGGAAGCCGCCCAGGUCUUUUAAAUGCGGGUGAUUCCAGUUACCCGUGGCUUGCUGAUUCGUGGCCAGCCACAAGCUUGCCGGUCAACAAUAGCAAUAGUGGCCCGAAUGAAAUUGGGAAUUUUGGGCGUGGAGAUGUGCUGCCACCAGUUCCAGGCCAAGGGGAUAAAACAGCAACGAUGCUCUCAGAUGGAGCCAUUUAUAGCAGCAUCGACUUCACUACCAAAACCACUUAUAACAGCUCCAGCCAAAUAACACAGGCUACCCCGUAUGCCACAACGCAGAUCUUGCAUUCUAAUAGCAUACAUGAGUUGGCUGUCGAUCUACCUGAUCCUCAGUGGAAAAGUUCAAUUCAGCAAAAAACAGACCUGAUGGGAUUUGGUUAUUCACUACCUGAUCAGAACAAGGGUAACAACGCCUUACUUUACAUCCCUGACUACCGAUUGGCUGAGGGAUUGUCUAAUAGAAUGCCACACAACCAGUCACAGGAUUUCAGCACCACCAGCUCUCACAACAGCUCAGAGAGGAGUGGCAGUCUCUCAGGUGGGAAAGGUGGAAAAAAGAAGAAAAACAAGAAUUCUUCUAAACCACAGAAAAACAAUGGAUCAACCUGGGCCAAUGUUCCACUCCCUCCUCCACCAGUCCAGCCCCUUCCUGGGACAGAGCUGGAACACUAUGCAGUAGAACAGCAAGAAAAUGGCUAUGACAGUGAUAGCUGGUGCCCGCCGUUACCCGUACAAACAUACUUACACCAGGGAAUGGAAGAUGAACUGGAAGAAGAUGAUGACCGAGUCCCAACACCUCCUGUGCGAGGUGUGGCCUCUUCUCCAGCUAUUUCUUUUGGGCAGCAGUCCACUGCAACUCUUACUCCAUCCCCAAGGGAAGAGAUGCAACCAAUGCUGCAAGCUCACCUGGAUGAGCUGACAAGGGCCUAUCAAUUUGAUAUAGCAAAGCAAACAUGGCACAUUCAAAGCAAUAAUCAACCACCGCAGCCGCCAGUACCACCAUUAGGUUACAUGUCUGGACCCUUGAUUUCUGAUUUGGAGACAGAUGUUCCCGAUGAUGAUGCUGACGACGAGGAAGAAGCUUUAGAAAUCCCCAGGCCCCUGAGAGCACUAGAGCAGACACCCGGGUCCAGUAUGGACAAUCUGGAUAGCUCAAUGACAGGUAAAGGCUUCAACGCCUCUCAAAGACCUCGACCGACCAGCCCGUUUUCUACUGACAGCAAUGCCAGUGCAGCCCUGAAUCCAAGUCAGAGGCCUAGACCCACAAAAAAACACAAGGGAGGGCGAAUGGAGCAACAACCAGCAUUGCCUCAUCGAAGGGAAGGAAUGACAGAUGAUCUUCCACCACCACCAGACCCCCCUCCAGGUCAGGGUUUAAGACAGCACUUAGGUCCAAGCCAGAAUGCGGGUCACAUGGAAAACUCAACAGAAAGAAAGGGGAGCUCUCUGGAAAGACAGCAAGCACCCGAGUUAGAAGACACCAAGAACUCUUUGGAUUGCACAGCUAGAACAUCCCUAGAAUGUCAGCAACAAACCCAGGAAUGGAUAAACUCCACAGAAUGCCAAGAAGACACAUGGAAAGCCCCACACAAACAAGGUGUUGGACCAGAGGAGACCUUGGUGCCCUAUAGCAAGCCCAGUUUCCCGUCUCCGGGAGGUCACAGCUCAUCAGGAACAGCUUCUUCAAAAGGAUCCACCGGACCUAGGAAAGUGGAGAGUAACUGAAAGAGUCAUGCAAAGCUGCUUUGAAGGACCAUCAGGUCUGAACUCAUGGAAGUGACACUAAACAGUGCAAUGAACAAUUUCUUUAUUUAUGUACUAUUAAAGAACUGUAAAUGCAAUGUAAAGACACACAGCCACACAUAUCCCACAGAUAUUUUACUUGUGUUCUUCUCUUAAGUACACCACCCACCUUAACUCUUUCUUGUCAGGAGUAUAUAAAAAAAGAAAGAAAGCGAAACUCACCCUCCAGGAAGAAAAGGAUUUUCCUCUGUAUAUAAUUUCUUUUGUGCAUUGCUAUGCAAGCUCACUCUUUUUAGCUCUGUUCAUAUUAUUGUCUGUUCUUAUUGGUCUGUUGUACUAUAUGUGAAUUAAUAGGCUGUGGUGCCAUAUAUUAACUUUUAAUUGUGUAACUUUUAUGUUUAAAUUUUGCACUGCAAUUUUAUUUGGUGAUAAGCACAAAUCUCUACUCCUCGUGACAUGAAGAAAAAGACUGAAUGUGAAGGGAGUUUCUGUACUGUAAUCUAGGCUGGAUAAUGUUGGUUGUAACCAGUCAUGUUAGAUGGUUUUCAGUUGGGGUGUAGAAAUAGAGGCAGAGGAACAGUGGAGUUGGCAAAGUAUUUGAACAUCAGGGACUGAGUCAUUAAAAAAAUUAAUAAAAGAUAAUGGUGGCUUUUACUAUUAACCGAAGAAGGGUCAAAAGAAAUUUAAGUUUAGAGUGAAUAGGUACUAAAAUAUAAAGGUACUGGAUGUAGUAAACUGCUAAAAGCGAAUUUAAAGGACAUGAAAUUUAUAUCUAAACCAAGUUUACCUGUCAUUGUAAUUGAUCCAUCUGAGAAUUAACAAACAGAAAGGAAUUAAGGUAUUUCACAAGUGCUGUAUUUAUAUUACAGUUUUUUAAAAGCAUUUUCUGAAUUACCAUAAUUAAUCUCUCCGACUCAUUAAGUCAGAAUAUAGUACGAAGUUCCCCAAGGAAACACACAAAAGAAACUCUAGAAUAUCUAGCCAACAGUUAAAGAGGCAAUUUGUUAUUAGGACAUACUCAGGCUGCUUCCAAAUAUAAAAAUUCUAUUGCAAUAUCUUGUUUCAUCUUUCUAAAACAUGCACAGUACACACUAGAGGAUAGAGCUGCUCCAUUUAAUUCAUGACUUUUGAAAAACAAGGCAGUCUACAUGCAAUUUUGUGUUUUAUUUGAUUGAGAAGUUAUGUUGCCACCAAAUGUAUAGCCAAAUAGUAAGUGCUUAAAAAAGCAGUGCUCAGAGUAUGUUCAGUUCACAGUAAGUAGAUUUAUUGGAUUCAAUAUUUUAUGGUACAUUCUCAGAAAUUGGCUACCAACAAAAAAAUAUGUUGACCCAUUUUGAAUGAGUAAAUUGAAAAGAAAACUUUUAAAGGAGAAAAAAAAUGCAUGUUUAUACACUUUUUAAAUAAAACCAAAUCUCGUAAGUGGACAUUAAUAGCAGUGUCCUGCCUCCUUUGUUUUCACGACUUUUGAGGACAAGAAAUUCCUGAGUAUCAAUCAUGUAAGUUCAAAAUAUGCCUUUGGAAUAUAUGUGGUAGCUGCUGUACAUGUGUAGUCAAUCAGUCUAGGAGAACACAACCUUGAAAUUCCCACUUGUUACAUCUUCCCGUGUGCUGCCUACACAAUUGUAAAUUCAAUUUCCAUCUAUAUUUAAUCUUUGUUUUUCCAUGGUGUGCUCAGUAAUUGGUUCUUUGAAAAUUACUUAAUGUAAUGAAUAGGAUCACAUCUAAAAUAUGGGUCUUAUUUAAAUUACUAGUCAUACUCUAUGCAUACUUGGUUCAGUCACCAAUUGUGGUGAUACUGUUUCAACAAAUAGAGGAAAUAAUUAAGUGUGUUCCAUUCUUUUUUUCUACAACAAGAGAGGCAGACACAGAUGAACAAAACUAGAACAUAAAGAAUAAGAGCUCUAACUUUUUUAUAUGAUGGAGUUCAUUUAUUUACCUAAGAGGAAAAGAAUUCUGAGACAGUUAUUAAACCCUAUAUCAACUUUCUACCAGAGGUGCCUGAAUUUUAAUGCAUUUUUAUUUAUCUGGGUCAGAGCAAUUGAGGAAGAUGAAACAUUUCUCUGCAAAAUGAAUACAUAACUGUAGGAUAUGAGAACAUUUUUGUUACUGCACCUCCCAGAAACACCUCUUUCUAUUUAAAAGCAGCAUAUACAUACAUAUUAAUCUGUGGUUCUUAUUUAUGCUUCAGUAUACCACAAUUUAGUCUAAAACUCUAGCUCAUUAUACAGGACCUUUGAUCGUUGGUAACUAGUAGUUGUAUGUGACUAAGAAUCCAACAUUUAAAAAAUUGAGUAUGUAUAAUCUGAACACCCUUGGGUAUGGGAGAAAAGCAAAAUAAAAUACCGUAUAUGUGUACAGGUGACUUCUAGAAUAAUGAGGGCAUAGGAUCAUACCUUCCAGAUUAUCUUUUUUGCAUAAAAAUAGCUAUUAUGCUCUGAUUAUGUCAGUAUAGACUUUAUGAAUACUCAUGGGAUGUUCUUUUAUAAUAAUACACACUUACUGUGCAUCCAGCAUUUUAACAUUUUUUUUCUUCUUGGUUUUUCCAAAUUUUAUUUUAUUAAAGCACUGUGGUUUGCAAACUUUUUCAUUGUUGGAUUUUAAACAUACAACGUUCCAUCACAUCCAGCUUUAAAAAUAAAUGAUCCACCAGAUCAUGCACUACAAACAUCCUCCUCCUAUACAUAUAGUCCAAGAUACAAAAAUGUGAUGAAAUCAAUUAAGGUAUCAAACAAUCAAAAGGUUUUUUGGUUUUUGCUCUAUGUGAAAUGUUUCCUAUCAGUCUAAAUCAGAAAGUUACUAGAAUACAAACACAAAUGAGAGUAACAAGAGUGACCACAAUUUUUCAUUUAGUAAUCCAUUACGUGAAUGUGAUUAGAAAUUCACUUAGCUCACUCUUCGAUCUAACUAGAAGUCUCCCUACACUGGCAGGAGGAAAUCUGGGUGGAGGAGAAUGUAAUCUUCAUCUUGCUUAUAAGCAACUCUGCUCUGUGCUCAUGCCCCUCACAAACAGCUAAUAAUAUUCCUUCAUCAUAUGCAGUUUCUGCUGGGCAGUAACUGAACCUGCCCCAACUCAGGUAUGCCUUCAAGUAUGCAGGCCAUGUCACUUUAUCAUUCUUCCAGGUCUUUUCCAUGCCAUAUGAAAAGUAGAGUGGGAAAAUCCAGGGACAUGAAAAUAAUUGACUUCUUCACCAGAUUUCAGUUCCAUUUAAGGGAAAACAAGCCUGACAUUCGAGGCAGCAUCCAACCAAAGGGAAGUGGCAACUGUACUUCAUUUAGGUAACAGUUUAGUGUUCAAUGUCACAGUUAAUACUCUGGGCACUGAAAUAAAAUUUCAGUGGAAUUCUCGUUGAAAGUUUGUAUCACCUUUCAUAGAACACCUCCAAAGUUAUAUUCAACAAAUUUAUGUGACUGCCCACUGACAACAUAAUUAUAACAAUAUAAAUGAACUCUAAACUAUGUUUUAUCUUCUCCACUGCAAAGUGAUUGUGUGUCAGUAUUAUAGAUAUGCAGAACCAUGACAUUCACUAAUUUGUUCAUCUGCUUCUGUAUAUUGUACUUACAGAAUUACAUAACAAGAAUUGGUGUAAAAUAACAUGUCUUUCCACAUUAUCUUAGAAGUGAAGUUGCUUUAUAUUUUGCUUCUCUAUAAAAUGUGUAAUUCAGAUGAAACACCAGACUUUUUAAAAAUGACAUUUGAUUUGCUAAUUUUCUUAUAAUUUUCAAAAGCAUUUAUUGUGACUGUAAGGUGUUUCAAGAUAAGGGUUUUGUGUAUGUGGGUAGAAUUUUUAUACUUUGUUUUAUAGAUGGGAUUUUUUUUAAACUGUAGCUUUUUUAAGUCACCAGAUAUCAUCAAAAAUCUGAUGUGUUUCAUUUGAUGUUGUUAGAUCAGAAAAGAUAUCAACAUAAAAUUGGUUACUAGUAUUGUCAAAGAAUUGUGUAUUGUGUACUCACUGGGAAAAAAUAAAAUAUAUUCACAUUUAAA